AGAGCUUAAACAAUCUUUGUUAUUAACCAAGCUUAAAUUAGCCUUCAUUAACAACAUGAUUAUUCCAAUUUUCUUUAUCUUUUCUCUCCUAAUCCAUAAAUCAUAUGCUAAUAUACCCUUUGAUUAUUGUGUCGGAGAUAUGAGUCUACCAAGCGGGCCAGCUGGGUACGCCUGUAAACAUCCUGCAAAACUUACGGUAGAUGAUUUUGUUUAUUCUGGUUUGAACAUACCAGGCACCGUUUCAAAAAUUUUAAAAUUCAAUGCAAGUAAUGCUUUUGCUGCUGAGUUUCCGGCUUUAAAUGGCAUGGGAAUCUCUGCAACACGAGUAGACAUAGAUGUAGGCGGAUUCUUUCCGGCUCAUGCACAUCGAGUGUCAGAGUUGUUCAUCAUAAUAAAAGGAACGAUAAUUGCAGGAUUUAUUGACACAAACAAUACUCCAUUUUAUAAAACGUUGAAAAAGGGUGACAUUAUGAUAUUUCCUCCAUCACUACUUCAUUUUGUAGUCAAUGUGGGAUCCACACCGGUAACAGCAUAUGCAAGCUUUGCUAGUGAAAAUCCUGGUGUUCAACUAAUUGACACUGCGUUGUUCCGAAACAAUCUACCCUCAGAAUUGGUCGAGAAGAUCACGUUGCUUGAUCAUAAACAGGUGCAAAAACUUAAGAAGGUCUUUGGUGGGACCAAUUAAUUGAUUAAUUGUAUUUGAUUUUUUAAUUGUACAUAUACAAAAUUAAUAAACAAUGUAAUUAACUGAUUAUUACUACUACUUAAUUUAGUUUAUGCUAAGAUCAUAAUCAUCUUUUAUUAAAAUAAUUUUAACUAUUGAUUGUUUCAUAAUAAUCUUAAGUCUGAGGUGUACUUUCUCAAAAUAAUCCAACUUUCGAUUGAUUAUUCCAUAAUAGUCUUACGUA